AUGAAAUCAGCAGCAGUAAGAGAAGGUAUGGCAUUGAUUAGACGUAAAGCUAAAAGAAGCAAUUUUAUUUAUGGGUGUGGCUUUGGUAAAACCGGAAGUUUGUUCACAAAAAUUCUGCGAGAAACAGAACUAAAAGUGUUCAAAAAACCGCAACAAAUCUUGUACUUCAAUUCACGAAAUAUUGUUCACGUUGCAGCAGGGUUCGGUUUUUCAGUUUUGGCAUCCAAGCAUAAACUAUAUGGUGGUGGCGUUGAUAUUUUUAGCAACAGCUUAGAAAACAGUGAAUAUUGGAGCAGAGGUAUUUGCUUAAAUGGUAACAAUAAAGAGAAGCAAUUUGGUCGCAUUAAAGGUGUUGCAGCUGGUAGAAGGCAUUUUUUAAUUGCAUCAGAAUCAGGCGUAUAUGCAUUUGGGGAUAAUGCUCAUGGGCAGUGCGGACAGGAUCCCAAAGAAAUGCCAUUUGUUCGACUAGAAAAUAAGCCAUUUCAACCAAUCCCUAUACCUUCAGAUUCGAAAGUUGCUCAGGUUCAUUGUGCCUUGGAUACAUCAUUUAUCAUUUUAGAGUCUGGUCAAGUAUUUUCGUUCGGUCUUGGUACUGAUGGACAAUUGGGGCGUGGAAUAUGCAACUGCGACUGGCAUUGUUUACCAGUUGAAGGUGAUUUAAAACAUGUCGAGGUUGAAACUGUGAAAGGAAGCACCGAUACAUUAAUGGCUGUAACUAGAAAUGGUAACCUCUUCAUGUGGGGACAGAACGAAUACGAACAGAUGUAUCCAUUUACGAAAGAAAUUCAGAGCGGUUACCCUCGUGAAAUACGUCUCUCUGUAAAGAAAAUUGUAGCGGCGGAUUCAACGGCGACUUCUUGUAUGGCAUUGAGUGGUAAUGGCGAAAUUUAUGUUUGGGGCUAUGGGAUUCUAGGAAUGGGUCCCAGUAUAACAUCUCUUCGAAGGCCAGCACUUUUAGAACAUAACCUUUUCAGUGGUGGUCCUGGUGAUUCCGGUAAAGUUAAGAAGAUAUAUGCUGGUAACACUUCAAUGUUUGCUAUUUCAAAUAUGGACAAUUUGUUUUCAUGGGGUUUCAAUAGAUUUUGCCAUUUAGGCCUUUCGCAUGACAAAGAUCAAUAUUUUCCAUUUCAAAUCAGCAUAUUAAAACAACCCUCAAAUGUUUCAGUCGCUCCUGACCAUACUUUGUUCUUGAUGAAAUGA